GACAUUCAUAUAUUAUUGACGUCAACGUCUUAACAACGGUUUUUGUUGUGUUUCGCUCUUUAUCAAAUCCUAUUUAUUUUAACAAAAACAAUAUACACUUACUUUUACUACAGUUAAAUAAAACAAUUAUGAGCUCUCCGAUAAGAAACCUGGUAAGCGGUUCCCGUUCCGCCGGUCUGCAGCACUUCCGGGCGUCAGAACGCUGGGUAUCGCGCGUUCCGUGCACUAUUACCACGGGGUACCAAGUAAAAGAGUUUUUAGCGCGAUAUCCAGGGAUCCUUGAAGAAUACUUGAUUGAAAACGUAUCGACAGAGUUUCUAGAGGGUAUCUUGAUCCGGAAGCGAGCAGAGUCGCGUAAGCCGACCGAUGUAGGAGCAACUUCCGACAGAGAGCGAUCGCAGCUGAAACUAGAAAGGAUGUACACAGAGAUUGGCAUCGAUAAGCUGGCGAGGAAUAUCUGUGAGUGUUCUUCAGACGAAGAAAUUUUGGAAAAGAUUUAUGAGGCCGCCGGGAUACUUGGAGCAAUUGUGGAAGCCGAAAAACGGAGCAUGUACAUGACGGACGUCAAUAACAUCGACAUGUACCGGUACGUCCCGGAGCAAAAGAGUCACCGGAAGCACGUCGGUCCCAUGGGACUCAAGUUAACGGUGUCGGCGCACGUGGCGUUCACUAAGCAGAGCGUGAACGUUGCGGAUCUUCCGCAAGAUUCGAGGUUCCCGAAAGGUGUCGGCCUCGGGGACGACGAAGCUCAUCAUGUGAUCGCACUUCCGGUACUAUUGGAGACCGGCCGCUGCCUGGCGGUACUCGAGUUUACGAGGUCCUGGGAGCGAGACCCGUUCUCGAAGCGCGAGUACGAGAUGGCACACGCCGUGCUCUGCUGGGUCGCUUCCUGUGUUCAGAAACUCAAGAUGAACAAGCUUCUGAAGAUCCAGGCGCGCUUAAACCAAUACCUUCUGCAGAGCGCGCGCUCCUUGUUCGACGACAUGCAGAACAUCGACCUCCUCAUCACCAAGAUCAUGACCUUCACCAAGGAGCUUGUCAGUGCAGACAGGUGUAGCCUGUUUCUCGUCGAUCAGGUCAGGAAGGAGCUGGUGGCGGAGUUUUUUGACGAGGGAAAGUCGUCUGAGGACGGCACACCACUCUACACGAAGACCUCGCAGAUCCGGUUCUCAGUUGAGAAGGGAAUCAGUGGAUACGUCGCGAGGACGGGGCUGAGCGUGAACAUCCGGGACGCAAACAGCGACGAGCGGUUCAAUCCUGAAGUCGACAAUAAGACCGGAUAUCGCACCCAAAGCGUUCUAUGCCUGCCGAUUCAUGGCAAGACGGGAGUGAUCAGUGUAAUGAUGCUGCUCAAUAAACAGGAAGAGAGGUUCUUUACAGAAGAGGACGAACGGUCAUUCCAGAGUUUUUCCGUCUACUCUGCCCUCGCCCUCCAGUAUGCCCGGAUUUUCAACCAGUUAACGCACCAGCAGGCCAAGUACAAGGUCGCCAUGGACGUGCUUGAGUUCCAUAUCAAGGGUCCCGACUCAGAGGUCCAAGAGUUGCGUAAAGACCCUUACAUACCAGACGACAAAAUUCCUUACGCGUUCUGGAGUUUUGAUUUCUUCAUCAAUGACGACAUAGUUCCAGACCUGCCGAAGCUGUUUAUCAAAAUAUGCACGGAUAUAUUUGGUCCAAAACAGUUCGAUUUAACCAAGCUAUGUCGAUUUAUCAUCACUGUCCGAAAGAAUUAUCGUCCGGUUACCUAUCACAAUUGGCAACACGGUUUUACAGUCGCGCAUUCGCUGUGGCGAAUUGUAAAAUUAUGCGACAACGCUGGUUUUGACAAAGUUGAGAAACUGGCGCUCAUAUUUGCCGGGAUAUCGCAUGAUAUAGAUCAUCGCGGAUACAACAACGAUUUCUUCCGAAAGUUGCAACAGCCGCUGGCGGCGCUUUACUCGACGUCUACGAUGGAGCAGCACCAUUACCGACAGACAGUGACCAUCCUGCACGCGGAGGGACACGACAUCUUCUCCAGCCUGUCAUCGGAGGACCACAGCAGACUGUUGGAACUCAUCCGAUUGAACAUCCUCGCAACAGAUUUGUCGCUAUAUUUCGGCAACCAGAAGUUCCUUGCGGGUCUGUCGGCUAAGGGAGAGUUCUCAUUUGAAUCCAAUGAGCACCGGAAGGCCCUUUCCUCCAUCAUCAUGACGGCGGCCGACCUCUGCGCCAUCUCGAAACCCUGGGAAACUCAGAGACCCACGAUCGACAAUUUGUACAAAGAGUUUUACGAACAGGGAGAUAUCGAAAAGAGAAAGGGUUUCAAACCGAUGCCGAUGAUGGACCGACUUACACAGGAAGAGGUACCGCAACAGCAGAUUGGUUUCAUCGACUUCAUCUGUAAGCCCAUGUACACGACUCUCAGCGCGAUACUGCCGGAAACCAUGCCUCUCCUGACCGGAUGUUUGGAGGUGAAGGAACGCUGGAAAAUUGUCAUCUCCGAAAAGGAGACGAAAAAGUCAACACUCAUCAAAUCGAAUGUUUAGUUUCCAAUACUUCUUGAACUUUUAUUCGAAUGUUUGCUUAUUUUUUAUGAAAAUUAGAACUAAUUAUUUGAUAUUUGUAAAUUGUUCAACAUAAAUGUAUUUGAAAUACCCAAUUUUGGUUAACUUCCAAUUUGGAAAUAAAACUCAAAUGAAACUUUAUGUAUUA